AUGCAGACCGGGUUUGCGUUCUUACAAGCUGGUUCCGUUCGUUCCAAAAACAUGACAAGUAUUCUCUACGCAAACAUCAUGAAUGCCACCGUUGGCUGCCUGGCCUACUGGGCGUGCGGUUACGCGUUUGCUUUCGGUAAUGGAAACGGAUUCAUAGGAAAUGAGAACUUCUUUUUGUCAAAUACGGACUUGCGUGAUCGAGAACUGGUGCGCUGGUUUCUAGAGUAUGCCUGCGCAAUCACAGUAGCAACAAUAGUCAACGGUGCCAUGGCGGAAAGGAUGAACGUGAAAUGCUACCUCAUAUUUUCAUUCUACUGUACAGGAUGGAUGCAGCCUCUAGUGGCUCACUGGACUUGGUACGAAAGAGGGUGGUUGCACGACGGAGUGGUCGUCGUAUCUCACACUAACACCACAGUUCGUUACGAGGACUAUGCCGGAAGUAGUGUAAUACACGUGGUAGGCGGAGUAGCCUCUUUGGUAGGAGCCGCUCUGAUUGGUUCACGUCACGGUUACUUUGACGAGAGCGGGAAUAGAAUCAAAAUAUUAGAGAGCACGACAAGCAUGACGGUGUUAGGAGGAUUUAUCAUCGCAUUUUCCUUUUUUGCGCUUAAUCUUGCUGCGCACGGACGUCUUGCUGAAACGGACGAUGCUGCUGUGUACGGACUCAUUGUUGUGAAUUGCAUGCUGGCAGUAGCCAGUGGCAGCAUCACAACAAUGGCGUACGAACGACACAGAGAGACUAAAGAGUUUAGGCAGUGGAGGAUUGCUAAAGCAAUACACGGCUGUUUGGUUGGAUUGGUGGCUAUUAGCGCUGGCUCAAGUUCGGUUUACCCAUAUGAAGCUUUUUGUAUUGGAGGAGUGGCUGGUGUGGUGUAUGUUCACGCAACAGAAGGAAUAAAGAAAUGGGGAGUGGACGAUCCCGUGAACGCUAUUGCAAUUCAUUUAGGAGGCGGACUUUGGGGAGUCCUUGCUGUUUCGUUUCUUGAUCAAAACCAUGGACUACUUUACAAAGGUAACCGUGCAUCCCUGGUGCUAAUUGCUUGGAACGUCGGUGGAGUUCUUCUCAUAAUUUUGUGGACUCUGGUUUGGAGUUCUUUUCUAUUUGGCAUUCUGACAUGUUUGGACAUUCUUCGUAUAUCACCCGAUACCGAAAGUAAAGGUCUCGAUCGGCUGGUUCACGGAGAGAAAUCUUAUCCAGGCGUACAAGGCAAACCUUUGACAUGUCAGGUUGAGUCUUCAGUCACCGCCCAUCUUAUACUUAAUCUAAGCGGGCCAAAUCAUCAUCGCACAGAUGACGCCAAGGCGGUGCCUUUAGCUGCGCCGCUGUCUGAAGAGAGAAUGAGAAGAAAAAUAAAAAUGGCUAUUCAAGUGUCUAGACAAGACUCGCACGACGAUGAAUUGGUUGAAAAUGAGGUAAAAUUUACUGAGGCUGUUGCUUUUGAUGGCAUGGAGGAAUCCGCUGUCUAGUAUCACUCUCAUGACUAUAGCAGUUGUGCAUGCAUUGCAAACUAUCACUAUGCGUGCGCGUAAGUCAUUUAUUGUUGCUGCUAGUGACUUUGCAGUGCUGAGUAGGUGGAUAGAGAGGCAUGU